UUUUUUUUUUUUUUUUUCCUCUCUCUCUCUGUCUCUCUCGUUCUCUUAUGGUGCUCCUUACUCAUUUUUGGUGUUGUAUUUUUGGUCCUCUUCCCCUGAAUUCGUUCGUUCCUAAAUGGGAGGAAAGAAGGAAGAAAGUAUACCUCGAAGGAAAGGGAAGGAUAGAAACAGUACAAAAAAGUACAUGUAGGACUGAAAAAAAAAGGCCUAGUCUAACACCCUGUACCUGUUGGACCUGUCCGGUCAAACGUUUUUUUUGUUUGUUAUUUUUCUUGUAGAUUGUUGGGAAUAAACAAGACGCGAAAAAAAAAAAAAAAAAAAAAAA